AUGGCCACUAGAUUCUUCUCUCAUUUCCAUUAUCUUGUCAACAUUUUCUGUUCGUGGCUAAUUCAAGUAUCGAGGCUUCUAGUACUGGUUAUUCUUGUUGUGUACAGUUAUUAUGUACUGAGACAGGGAAAGUGCAAGUACAGGGAAAUUUUAGACAAGAAAAGCUCUAAAUUUGUGUACAGGAGGCAGCCGUGGACAUUAUUAUUGAGGUUAGUGAUUGCAAAAGAUGAGGAGGAGGUGGAGAUGCUUGAUUGUGCAAUUUGUUUAUUAGAAUUCGAGCAUGGAGAUAAAGGAAGGAAGUUGGAAAGUUGCAGUCAUAUUUUCCACGACGAGUGCUUGGAAAAAUGGCUGAUACAUGGUAAGGGACAAGCAACUUGCCCACUUUGCCGGAGUGUUGUUAUAAUAAUACCACAGGAUAUGGUACUGGAGGAGCAUCACAAGAUUAUUGAAGAUGAUACAGAACACAGGACUAAUAUCUUUGAGGAAGAACUUGCUCUUCUAUUGCUUUCUGGCUUGACUAGUACUGGAUGCUGCACCAGAUAA